AUGCUUUCCACCGGAGUAGUAAAUAUUCCAAACUACAGAUGUGGAAGCCAUAAUGGGCCCUUGGUAGUUUUGGAUGGGUCCAAUGAUGAUAUCUCCAUGCAGAUUUCAAACAUGUUGGGCAUUUAUAAGAUUCCACAGUUUCAUCAUUUCCUGCAAGACGUUUUCCAGCUUCACAAUAACUCUUUGGAUGGAUUAUAUCUGGAUGAAAAUGGAGAGCUAGCUGCUGAUCUUGACAUCAUGAGCUGGUUCCAGUUUCCCAAUAUGUCAGUUGUCCGGUCAAAAUUUGGAAGCUUAACAAAACAGCAAUCAGGAGAAGCCAUGCUUACUAUUGAUCAGGAUGCAAUGAUGUCCCCCAAAUGGCUCAACCAGAUGCAAAAAAAUGCACCAGAUGUCCAGAGGAUCAGCAUCCAAAUGAGAAACAAGAUCAUCUUAGCCAAGACAAUCACAGUAGUGUUGGCCUUCCUGGCCACAAAGCCAGGCAACACCAUGAAGAGGUGGCUGGGGAAGUCUCUGGCCAACUCCCUUGUUCUUUCUUGCUCUGGGAUUCAAAUUCUCAUUUGCUCUAUCUGGUUAGGAGUCUCUCCCCCCUUUCCUGACUCUGACUUCCACUCCCAGUUUGGAGAGAUUAUCUUGCAAUGCAAUGAAGGGUCUGUUGUCAUGUUUUAUGGAGCCCUGGGCUACAUGGGCUUCCUGGCUGUCAUUAGUUUCAUGGUGGCUUUCCUGGCCAGGAAACUCCCUGGAGCCUUCAAUGAAGCCAAGUUGAUCACUUUCAGCAUGCUGGUCUUCUGCACUGUCUGGAUCUCCUUUGUGCCCGUCUACCUAAGCAUUAAGGGGAAAAUCAUGGUGGCCGUGCAGGUUUUCUCCAUUUUGGCCUCCAGUGCUGGUCUGCUGGGCUGCAUCUUCAUCCCCAAGUGCUACAUUGUUAUCCUGAGGCCAGAUCUCAACACAAAGGAGCAGCUUAUAUUAAGAAUAAAGUAAGAAGCUUCGGGAUACCAUCACACAAAAACACAAACAAGCAUGAUUACAUCU